AAGACUGCUCCACUUUAGCUGAAACCCGACGGUGCCAACUAAAUUCCAAGAUCGGAGGUCAAACUCACCACAAACAGCCCUCCCCAGACCUAUAUUUGCCCUUAUCAUGACCGAAGACAAGCCUGCAACCGGCGAUGUUAACCUGCUUCUGGACGACGUGACGGGGGAAAUGGUCUCCAAGUCUGAGUUGAAGAGACGAAAGAAGCAGAGAGAGAAGGAGGCGGCGAAGGCAGCAAAGGAGGCCGCUGCUCCCAAGCCCGCUGCCAAAAAGGAGAAGGAAGUGGAGGAAGAGGAGCUAGACCCCCGCAAGUACUUUGAGAAUCGGUCCAAGCUUGUCCAAAAGCUUCGCGAAUCGAAGGAGGCAUAUCCACACAAAUUCGAGGUUUCGAUCUCUCUUCCCCAUUAUAUCGAGAAAUACUCGAAGCUGGAGGACGGUGCUCGACUUGACAAGGAAAUUGUGACAGUGGCCGGACGUCUUCACAACUGCCGUGCUUCAGGAAAGAAUCUCAUCUUCUACGAUUUGCAUGCCGAAGGAGAAAAGAUCCAGAUCUUGGCAUCAUCCCAGGACUCUGAACGAGACUUCCAUGAAGUGCACAAGAACUUGCAGCGGGGUGACAUCGUCGGUGUCAAGGGGUUCCCGGGUAAAUCUAAGAAGGGGGAACUGUCAAUCAUCCCGAAGGACAUUAUUCUCCUUACCCCGUGCUUGCGCAUGUUGCCUAAGGCUCACUACGGUUUCAAGGAUCAAGAGCUCCGAUACCGGAUGCGCUACCUCGAUUUGAUCAUGAACAACAACGUGAGAAACAAGUUCACAACAAGAGCCAAAGUCAUCAACUAUCUUCGACGAUUCCUCGACAAUCUGGGAUUCCUUGAAGUUGAAACCCCCAUGAUGAACAUGAUUGCUGGCGGAGCAACUGCCAAGCCGUUUAUCACUCACCACAACGACCUAAAGCUAGAUUUGUUCAUGCGGAUUGCUCCUGAACUCUACCUCAAACAAUUGGUGGUGGGCGGUCUAGACCGAGUCUACGAAGUCGGAAAGCAGUUCCGUAAUGAAGGAAUUGAUCUCACACACAAUCCCGAAUUCACAACUUGUGAAUUCUAUAUGGCGUACGCUGAUAUGUACGAUCUGAUGGACAUCACUGAAAGCUUGCUCUCUGGUAUGGUCAAGACUCUGACGGGUGGCUACAAGGUCAAGUACCACCCUAAUGGACCCGAAGGGGAAGAAUGGGUCCUCGAUUUUACUCCCCCUUUCCGUCGUGUCCAGAUGAUUCCCGAGUUGGAGCGAUUGUUAAAGGUCAAGUUCCCCCCAGCUGAAACCCUAGGAAAUGAAGAAGGACGUCAGUUCCUAGACGAUCUCUGCAAGAAGAACAAUGUUGACUGCUCAGCUCCACGUACCAGCGCCCGUUUGUUGGAUAAACUGGUUGGAGAUUUCAUUGAAGUGCAAUGUAUCAGCCCCACGUUCAUUACCGAGCACCCACAAAUGAUGUCGCCGCUCGCCAAGGCGCAUCGCUCCACUCCCGGUCUUUGCGAGCGUUUCGAGUGUUUCGUCGCCACCAAAGAGAUCUGCAAUGCAUACACCGAGUUGAACGAUCCUUUCGAUCAACGCGAUCGAUUCGAACAGCAAGCCGCAGACAAGGCUGCUGGUGAUGAAGAAGCUCAACUGAUCGAUGAGACAUUCUGUAAUGCGUUGGAGUACGGCUUGCCGCCUACUGGUGGUUGGGGAUUGGGUCUUGACCGUCUCACGAUGUUCUUGACUGAUUCAAACAACAUCAAAGAAGUUUUACUUUUCCCUGCCAUGAAGCCUGAAACCCAAGAACAGGAAAAGCAACGAGAGCAUUUCAUAGCAGAACAAAUUAAUCCACACGCGGUGAACACUGAGAUCGGCGUUCGCUCUACCUAGAGUUUACAGUGGAUAGAGGAAGCUAAAAUGUCAUUGAUCAUGUUAAUCAGACUAAAUACAAUCUGUAUCAGGGUGAUUUUCCACUAUUACAUCCUUGAUUCCCAUA